AUGAAAAUUCUUACUACUCUCUUCCUGCUGCUUAGUCUGACUUUUACAAUUCAGGCAACAAAAGUUAACCUAUUGCUAAAUUCUAAAGCAAAAUCAGAAGAAAAGAUAUAAUAGUACAAUACUGCGCUAGUACUCUAUUCUAAGAAAAUAUGUGUAAUCACUGAUCCAACUGAUUUUUUAAAUGGCUCAUCUUGCGGCUUCGAAGCUGAAAUUCAACAAGCAAAUGGUUAAAUGAUCGUUAAAAGAUGUGUAUUAAAAACUAAUGUUAUGUGCUAUAAUAAUGCUUCUUGCGAUAGAUACAGAUUUGUCUCCUUAAAUGACUCAUGCUGGAAGACAGUUUGA